AUGGACAUCUGGACCCCACCCACACUGGAGGAGCUGUCAAGGCAAGUUCUGCUGAAAAAUGAGGCUUUGGCCAUCUCUGCUCUGGAAAACCUGUCCAAGAUGCUCUUCCCAGCACUGUUCAAGGAGGCCUUCAGUAGCAGAUGCACUAGGAUUGUGAAGGCAAUGGUGGCAGCCUGGCCUUUCCCCUACCUCCCUGUGGGCGCCCUGAUGAACACCUUCAACUCAGAGAUUUUUCAUGCUGUGCUGGAAGGACUGGAUGUCCUGCUGACUCAACAGGUUUGCCCCAUGAGGGGGAAACUUCGAGUACUCGAUUUUCGGAGGAUGCCCCGCGAGUUCUGGCCCAUCCAGGCUGGAACAGAGGAUGGGAACUGCUCAGCAGAGACUGGGAGUGACAAGCAAGCAGGGAAGCGUCGUUCCAGACGUGAGCUGAGGCCACGAAUGAAGGUGAGAGUUGACCUCUACUUCAGAUCCCAACUGAAGGAAGAAGAAAUGUACUUCUUACAGUGGGCCCAGCAGAGAAAAGACUCCCUGCAAAUCUGCUGUGACAACAUGAAGAUUGUGUUGCUGUCCCUAGAUAAAGUCAGGAUGGUUCUGAGUGCUUUCAAGCCAGAGCACAUCAAGGUGUUGGAGCUGAACAUAGAUUGGAGUUGGUGCACUCUGGCACAAUUUUCUACCUAUCUCAGGGAGAUGAGAAACCUUCACACACUUUCUCUAGUGAAUUUCAACAUGGACAGACUUAGUAGUUGCUGUCCACCACCACGCUCAGAUGAGAAGAAGUUUGUUCAAAAGUUCGUUUCUCAGUUUUCCAGAAUCAGCAGUCUCCAGCAUCUUUAUCUGUGUGGCUUCAGUUUCUUCAGUGAGCACAUGAAACUCUUGCUCAGGAACCUGAAGACUCCCUUGGAAACCUUCUCCAUCACUCACUGUCACGUGUUUCAUUCACACUUGAAAGACUUUGCGCUGUGUCCAAGCCUUCAUGGACUAAAACAUCUGGACAUGAGUGGAGUCCUGCUGUGCAAUGUGUGUAUUCUGCCUCUCAGUGUUCUCCUAGAGAUGGGAGCAGACCGUCUUGAGACUCUGGAAUUGCAGGGGUGUAGGAUAAAGGACUCUCAGUUCCGUGAACUCCUACCUGCCCUCAGUCAAUGCUCCCAGCUCACCAAGGUCAAUUUCUAUGCCAACGACUUCUCCAUGAAUCUCUUGAGUGACCUUCUCCACCACACAGCCAACAUGAACAAGAUGACCAUGGAGCGGUACCCUGCCCCUCGGGAGUGCUAUGACAGGUGGGGUCACGUCUCCAGAGACACAUUUUCUCAGCUUUGUUCUCAGCUCAUGGAUACGCUCAGGGCCAUAAGGCAGCCCAAGAGGAUAAGCUUUGCUACAUAUAUCUGCGGUAGAUGUUUUCAAUGCUGUGUGUAUGACCAGGAGGCCAGACUUUGUUCUUGCUUGCAGUAA